CAUUUCAUCUCCACAGGUCUGUGUUUGCUGAGGCGCAGGAUGUCUGCCCUGAGGCUGAUCUCUAACAGGACCUCCCAGCAGGCCUCGUCCCACUCGGAUUACACCUGGGACUACGAGUACUAUGAGUAUGGCCCUGUGUCGUUUGAAGGCCUCAAGGCUCAUAAGUAUUCCAUUGUGAUUGGAUUUUGGGUUGGUCUUGCAGUUUUUGUCAUCUUCAUGUUUUUUGUCCUGACCCUGCUGACGAAGACGGGAGCACCACAUCAAGACAAUGCAGAGCUUUCUGAAAAAAGAUUUCACAUGAAGAGCUUUGUGGCAGAAUUUGGAAGACCUCUGGAGUCUGAGAGGGUCUUUUCUCACCAAAUGGCUGAAGAAUCCCAGUCACUUUUCCAUUUCUGCAUUAAUGAAGUGGACCAUAUGAACAAAGAAAAAGAGAGCCAGAAAGGUCCAAGUCUGGAGGGUAAUACCCACUUCCAGGAGGUUCCCAAGAACAGUGCAAUGUUUGAGGAAGACCUACAUUGUCUUACAAAAUUUAACAUUCCUAACUUUGUGAACACUGAGCAGAACUCUUCAUUAGGUGAGGAUGAUCUCCUCAUCUCAGAGCCACCAAUCAUUUUAUAAAGCAAACUGGUUAUGCAAUCUUAACAUUGGAUCCUUGACUGAAGAAUCCUUUACUUUAAGGUAAACAUCUCCAUUAUUGUCCAGUUUGAAGCCUUUCUUGGCCUCCUGCUCCUUUGACAGAAAGCAUUUCAGACCUGUGCUUUUUAUUGUAUGUAAGAGUGGCUGUACUGAUAGAGCUGACUUUAGCCAAGAAGAAAGACACUGAAUGCUUUAUUCUGAUGCCUUCUGUGGUCUAAAACUUCUGCCCAGUAUUAUUUUUGCUUUUUGAUUUUAUUUUUUUUUUUUUUUUGUUCUUGCACUGUUCUUCAUUUUUUAAACAACUACUCAUGACCAGCUUCUGAAGGAUAAUAAUUCACAAGGACUGUGAAGGCUGAGCCGGGCAUUGGGAGGUCUGUGAAAAUUCAUUGGCCAAGUGUAAAUCUCCAAGGAGACUGAAGAAAGGAAUAAACAGCCCCUGGGGAUGCUCUGUAGUUUCUGCUGCUCCCAACAAGGAUGCCUGAAGCUGAGCACCACAAUAAAUCCUGCUUGGGACUAACUUCACUUUCUGAUCCCUAACUGCUUUUUGGUGCAGGUUAAACCCAAUUUUACAAAGCUUCCAGAGGGAAUACCUUGCAAGUGAAAUUGUUUGGUUACAGUGUUUACAAAAUGCUAUCACCACCUGCUGCUGAGCAAAAAAAAUUGAUGCCUGUAAUUAUAACUCAGAAUGACACCUCAGCAGCUGCCCCUGAUGACGUAAAUUAGUAUUCUACACACAAACUGUGAUUUGACUCCUUUUUUUUUUUUUUUUUUUUUUCCCUGCUAGUUGCUGAUGUGAAAUUCUAGUUCAGUAAUUACAGGAUUCAGUAGCUAAAUCAUAGGAAAUAAGAAAAAACCUAUUUUUCUUCUGCCAAUAAAGUUACUACAUGCAAAUGGUGGUGGUAUGUUAAUCUGGAGUCAUGUGUUGCUAACAGGCUGAACCUCCCCAUGCUUUUUGCCUUUAUAAAAGGUCAUUUCUUUAUUAUUUCUUUAUUCAUUGGCCACUGAAGUGCUAGCAGGCUUUGAGCUGAGAGGACCAACUCCAAAAGUACAGCUAAGCUAUGCCUGCUUCAUCUUCUUUUUGUCCUCAGCUGGGCUAGUGUUGCAACCCCAGCUGUUCUCCAGUGAAAGAUUUGGUAAGGAUUUGAAUAGGUAUAGUUUCAAUCUUUAUUUUUUUAGAGAUGGAAUUAAGUUCUGAACCUUUGAGAGUACUUAAAAUUGUAUUUCAGCUUUCUUCAAAUGACUGAAUGGUUUUAGAGCAAGCAUGUAAGAUGCAGAGGUACCAGGUUCAAACCCUUUGCUGGAUUUAGAGUGUGCUCUGCAGGAAGUCCUUAAUUGAAAUGAAAAAGAAUGGAUUCCGGACAUGCCUAACUGGAUUUUCUUGAAAUUAACAUGCUUUGUAUCCAACACAUCUGUGUUCCAGAUUAGAGACCUGCUGAUGCAUUCUUCAGUCACUAAAAUGCUGAUUAAUUCAUCCCUUCUUCACCUUACAAAUAGGAAAGAGUGAAUGGGUUGAGCAUUUAAAGAAUACAAAUUGUGUAGGAAGAGUACAAGGAAAUGUUUUUUGUUUUUAUGUCCCAUGCCCUUAUUACACACCACUUACAGCACAAUUUCCUGUUUUCAAAUGUGAUUUUUGCAGGACUUGCUGGUGUUUAAAGCAGCAGGAUUACACUUAAAACAAAGCAGACACUCUUUAAGACUAGCAGGUUAUUGCUGAAAAUAGUUCCCUAAGAGUGAAAUGAGCCCUGCUCUGAAUGAGCACAGCUCCAGUAAAAUGUCUCCAGCGCAGAAAAAGCCUUGUUUCACAGGAAGUGCAUAACUACACUUUCCUUUUCCUGAAUUUGGGAAAUCUGUCUCUGAAUAUGGCAUCUACUUCCUGCUGAGGCACCUCAGUAACUAUCGGCUAUCUGAUGGUUAAACUUUGCAGCUCAAUAUUGUUCUUGCUAACAUGUUGUGGGACUUGUCCUAAUGGGGUUUUUAUAGCUGAUUUCUGGAUGUUAGCUGCCUUCAGUAAUGUUUGAACUAUUAUUUUUCUUUUAUUUUUUUAUUUUAUUUUUUCCUUUGCUGUGCUUGAAAACAGCAAUGCUGCCCGAAGGAAGGGCAAAUCUAUAUGGAAUCCAUCUCCUUUGCAACAGAGAAAUUAAGGGUAUUUUUAAGCCAUUUAAGACCAUUUAGGUUGGAAAAAGACCUUUAAGAUCAUAAAGGUCCAACCAUUAACUCAGCACUGCCAAGUCCCCAUCUAAAUCACCUCACCCUGUGGCACAAGGCUUUUCAAAGCCUCUAGGUAGGGACGGUGACUCCCCUGCAUCCCUGGGCAGUCUGGGGGGAAAAAUUCUCAAAAGUUUCACAAGUUCCCAAAUAAUGCAGACGGGGUUUUAGGAAAAGAAAAUGCUGUUAUUCCCUGUAGGCUAGCCUAUGCUUUUCUUCUGCUGUCUUAAAUCUCAGUGGCUUUUCUUUGGGUACAUAACUACUACUUUGGGGAGAAAAAGGAAGCAUUCUGCAUAUGGAUAUUGGCAAUAAUGCCUAGAUGAAAGGUACUAGAUAAAAUGACCCAGAGAUGACGCCAACUUAAAUUACAACACAUUUGAACUCCAUAGUUAAUAUCCUUCUGCAGCAUGUAUUAAUCCUGUGGAGCUAUUUAAGUGUUUGGUUCCUGCUUCUGUUCUUUCCUGAUGACAGAUCUACUUUUUUCAUCUUAUCCCCCUUCUAUAUUAAAGUCCUUCAUGCUGCUGUUCUCAGAAAAACAACCUGCCAGUCCCCACUGUAGAGCUCCCACGCCACUCCAGAGACACUGUGGCAGCAAUAUCUGAUUCAGACUUUUGCGCUGCCUCAAAGCAGAGCCAAAGGCAAACGCAAAAAUGUUCUGCAGUCUUCAGAAGCAGCUAUUUUAAGGCUGUCCUUCCUUUUUUUUCCCUUUUAAAUAAAAACAGACAUAUUUUGCCUCAGGGGAAAGGGCAAUAUGUAACCUGUUAAAGAAAUCAUCUUUUCUCAGAAAAUCAACUCAUUGAUGCACUAGAAACAGAAUAGAAAGUGUUCUAAUCAGAGUAAUCUUCAAAAGGAGUACUUGGAAUAUAAUGGUCUUUGAAAAUGAAAUUUUUGUGAGUUUUCUCAGUGCUUGGCCUCAAGCCUCUUCUCAAAACUCAAUACAAAUGCAUCGCCUGCAGCAGAUUUAACUGCAGAGAUAGAGCUCCUCUAAGCCAGCUAUAUAUGUUUGUUUGCCUAAACAUGUCUUGUAUUCUGGAAGAACUUACUAGGUCAAGUUAUUUAUCCCAGUUUUCAAAGGUAAAUACUUGCAAAUGAUCUUCUAUAUAAACAAGUUUUAGUUGUGUAUUAAAAAAAAAAAAAAGGCAAAACCCCAAAACCUAUAAUGUAAAAUCAGUAAAUGCCUGCUCAUAGAGAAGAGAAAGAGAAUGGUAGAACUGUGAUUGUUUCCACUCCAAUCCAGAGCCAUUCAGCCUCUGAGACUACCAGGUGAAGUAAACAGGAUAUAUUUGUAAUAAAAUUAAGUAUUUAUGCACCUGAGCCCUGAACCUUGAAUACUGUAACACUGACAUUUUUGGCCAAUUUUUAGCCUUGGAUAUUGACAGGUAGCAAGGACAGCAGAGAAGAACCUUCUACCACACAUUCUGCAAUGAGAGCAAGAGAGGCCUGUGCUUUCUUAUUUUUGGAUGAGAGAUAGGUGGUUAGCUAUAUGAAAAGCUACUUUCAAUUCAGAUUUAUCACUGCAGUUCUGUUCAAGAGCCAGGGCAGCACUUGAUACAUGACCCCCUCAUUCCCUGCAGAAGUGGAUUUGCACAGCUAGUGCUGGUGUCUUUGUCCUUUUUCCUUGUACUUUCCAGAACAGGUUAAAUAUGGGACAGAGGGGCAGACUUGAAAAUGUAUUAUGUGCUAUCACAUAAAGUCUUCAUUCACAAUAACAUGUUGAAUUUGUUAAUGAACAAUUCUGACGUGUAUUUCAGAGAACUUGAAAUGGAAUACACUGCUGCCUCAGGUGCCAUGAUGAAAUCUGAUCUUUUUCUGCACAUCAUGUUUCCUCUCUUGAAGCAGUGUAGGUCACUGAGUCACCUAGCCAGCUGUUCACAUGAUUUCUUAAAAACUUCAAACAGGACAAUUCAAAUUAUUAUACUCCAGCUCUUUGCUGUAAACAGAUGAAGUCCAGCUAAGCAUUAGGCAAUGUUUUACAGAUACUACAUUUAACUCUUUAACUCCAUCCACUAUGCCUCCUGGAAAUGCACGAUGAAACAGGAUGGCACAAGAAGAGGAAAAAUAUACAUGAGGAGUAUAUAAUUAUGUAACUCCUUAAAAGAUCACACUGAAAUCCUCAGAGAGUCAGUAACAACUUUAGAAGAGAACUUAAAGCUUGCACCUUAAUUCUCUACAAGGACACCCAAACUGCAGCCACUGAAGCCCACAGAGUCUGUCUCAGUGCAGAGUGACCACUUCAUGGUAAAUGCCUAAAAACUGAAGACCAUGCUUCAGUGAGUGUACAACUGCAUAAAUACUUGUAGGAAAAUGGUAUAAACCAUCUCAUAGCUUACAGUAAUGGUAAAUAACACUGUCCCUGCUCAGUAAAACACGCUCAGAGAGAGAAUUUAAUUCCAGCUAUGUAAGAAAGCAGCAAUUGCUGAGAACUGACUGUAAGAAUUGUAAGAAGUGUUUGAACGAACUGCAUGAACAGUAGGGCAACCCUCUGUUGGUGACUUAAGCACCACACACGUGAGAGAGUUUCCAGUAACUAGAAAUGCUUCCUCCAGGAUUCCUGUCCUAGGAACCCCCAUCCAGGACCUGGCCUCUCUGGGAACACAAGGCUUGCAGUAGCUGAAAAAACAUCUCUCACUUCAGGUCACACAGUUUAAUACAGUAUUACACACACAGUAAAUUAUACAGGAAAUAAAUUAGUUGAAAUGAUUCAAUUUUUGUCCUUUUCCUUUGCAAAACAGACCCAAAUCAAGAAAAUCCAUUAUAUUUAUACAUAGCUGAUAUUUUAUAUACAAAGCAUUUUUAUAUUUACACAUUUUAUGAAUGUAGACUAAUACUUUGUCAGAUGGAGACAAAAUAAAAAUACUGAUAAUACCUGAACGUGAAACAAUCAAGAUUACCAUAUUAACUGGCAACUGACCAUCCUUUUAAAAUAUCUAUAUAUAUGUGUAUACAGGCUCAUUUUAUGUUUGUGUAUGUGCCAAAAAGAAAAAACCUUGCACUUAAGCACUGUCUGUGUCUAUAUGGUAUGAUUUGUUGUACUCUUUUGUUUUUUAUGCAUGCUAUGCCACAUGCUUGUAUGAGAGAAAAUGCAGGUUUACUUCUGGUCCCUGAAGAAUAUACUACAUAAAUAGACAAGCACAGACCUGAAGUAUUUCACAUCUGAUUUAAAUGCUAGGUUCAACCAAUACUGCAGGUUCUCAGGGGUCUAAGGAGUACAGUCUAGCUUUCAUCUUCUCUUUGCCCUAAAUAAGUAGAGUUGAUUGAGAUACAACCUCAAUAUAUGUGCUUGGGAAUUCUUAAGGACUCGCAGCCACUGAAACUUCAAACUAAUAGUGUACUGAUUCAUUGGGAAAGCAUGCCUUCCAACCACCAAAUAGUUAUCAU